GGCCGGGACAAAGGCGGCAUGCGGGGAGGCGGAGGCCAGGGGUGGGGCGGGUGGCUCUGCGGCGUUGCGGCGCGGCGUUGGGCAGGAGCUGGCGCUUCCGCCUCUUGCUGCUUCUCCCUCGUGUGGCGACCGUGCGAGCCCUUGAGAUACUUUCAACGUGGCUGUGGUCGGAGUUGGGGGAGGGCUUGGACAGAGAAGUUGAGAUGAGGCAAAUUCAGUAACAUCUUGGUAGACCUGGGCGGAAGGGAGUUAAGGAGCGUGACUUCCGCCUGGCGUUUUAGAAGCCGCGUGCAGUCUGCCCGGGUAUUGUGGAGCUGGGGUUUUUCGGGAGGGUAAGGGCUUUUUGAUCUUUGUGCGACCCUGCAGGUUUUGGUAUGAACAGGAUUCGGAUUCACGUCUUGCCGACCAAUCGGGGGAGGAUCACCCCAGUGCCCAGAUCUCAGGAGCCCCUGUCUUGUUCGUUUACUCAUCGUCCAUGUUCGCAACCUCGUCUGGAGGGGCAGGAAUUUUGCAUUAAGCAUAUCCUUGAAGACAAGAAUGCGCCUUUCAAGCAGUGUAGUUAUACAUCGACGAAGAACGGGAAAAGAUGUCCCAGUGCUGCCCCAAAGCCUGAGAAGAAAGAUGGGGCGUCCUUCUGUACUGAACACGCUCGUAGGAACGCCCUGGCACUUCAUGCACAAAUGAAAAAGACCAGUCCAGGGCCUGUGGGUGAAACACUCUUGUGCCAGCUGAGCUCAUACGCUAAGACAGAGCUGGGGUCUCAGACUCCAGAAAGUAGUCGCAGUGAAGCCAGCCGAAUUCUGGAUGAAGACAGCUGGAGUGAUGGGGAGCAGGAACCCAUUACUGUGGAUCAGACAUGGAGAGGUGACCCUGACAGUGAAGCUGAUAGCAUAGACAGUGAUCAAGAAGAUCCCCUAAAACAUGCUGGUGUCUACACAGCAGAAGAAGUGGCCCUGAUUAUGCGUGAGAAGCUUAUUCGCUUGCAAUCUUUGUACAUUGAUCAGUUUAAACGACUUCAGCAUUUGCUCAAAGAGAAGAAGCGACGUUACUUACACAAUCGCAAAGUGGAACAUGAAGCUCUAGGUAGUAGCCUCCUGACUGGCCCAGAGGGACUUCUGGCCAAAGAACGAGAAAACUUAAAGCGUCUAAAAUGUCUUCGUCGGUACCGUCAGCGCUAUGGAGUGGAAGCCUUACUACACAGGCAGCUGAAGGAGCGCAGAAUGCUGGCCACAGAUGGUGCCGCCCAACAGGCCCAUACCACUCGUUCCAGUCAGAGAUGCUUGGCCUUUGUGGAUGAUGUUCGUUGUUCCAAUCAGUCUCUUCCAAUGACCAGACACUGCCUUACCCAUAUUUGUCAGGACACGAAUCAGGUUCUCUUCAAAUGCUGCCAGGGGUCUGAAGAGGUACCCUGCAACAAACCAGUUCCUGUAAGCCUUUCUGAGGAUCCUUGCUGCCCACUGCAUUUCCAGUUGCCUCCUCAGAUGUAUAAGCCCGAGCAGGUACUGUCUGUGCCAGACGAUCUGGAAGCCGGCCCCAUGGAUCUGUACUUGAGUGCUGCCGAGCUUCAGCCCACUGAGAGUUUACCUCUGGAGUUCAGUGAUGAUUUGGAUGUUGUGGGUGACGGUAUGCAGUGCCCUCCUUCACCCUUGCUUUUUGAUCCUUCACUAACCCUUGAAGAUCAUCCCGUCAAAGAAAUUGCCGAAGGCCCAGUGGAUAUUUUGGGCCAGAUGCAGAUGGCUGGAGAUGGGUGCAGAUCACAGGGACCUCGAAAUUCUGAGAAAGCCCCUGCACCAUUGCCUCAGAGUGGAAUAGCUACUGCAAAUGGGAAGCCGGAACCCACUUCUGUUAGUUGAUAGCUUGUUCUGGGAACCAGUUGACUUUGGAGGAUUUGUAUUUCCCAUUCUUUAAACAAGUAUUUCUGACCCGUCUCACUGUAAAGGACAGUCCAGACUACCUUGUUUUUCUUUUGGGUUAUCGAGUGCUCUAGUCAAACAAAUGUUGGGGGCAGGGACCAAUAGUGUCUACAAGCUGUGGAUGUCUUCCCACUCCAUGCAAGGGGGAGAGGUAGGUGAUUCCCAUCAGAGCUGCUGGGAUUGAGAGUCCUGGAGACUGCCUAAGGGAAGAGAGGUUUUUGUAAUGCUGUUUACCAAGUCUUGGGAUGUUGAGGGACCCAGUGGUUGGUUAUCUCUGUCUAGCAGCCUGUAUUUUAGCCUUCCCUCACCUCCUAUCCUUAUUGGGUACUCUGAAGCUCCUCCUCAAUGAUCUCUGACCCAUAGUCUUUGAGAAAAUAGCCCAUAGGACUGGGCCUUCCUAAACCAUCCAUCUUGCUUCUAACCUAUGUAAAUUUCUGUAGUGGCUAUCUUAUGUAAGAUACAAUAAAAAAUUAUUGUACAUAGUUUCUAUUAAAUGUUAAAGUGUUAUGAAAACAUAAAACAA